CAAGCCUCUACUCAUAUUGGUUUGAAUCUGACAUCUCUUGAGCUGCAUGAGAUAGCGUCUUCAUAGAAUUCAACUGAUCUCAUGGGGAAGGCACCACAAUGGAUUGCAUGCUUCUUCUUCAUCCAACUUUUCCUUAAUAUCUGUGAUGCGAUGGCAGACGGAAGGGAACUCACCACCGGCGAUGCUGCUGCUCACCCUGGUUUCCUAAGCAUAGAUUGUGGAGCAAGGGGAGAUUAGUUGGACAGUCAAACAGGAAUCUGGUACCAGACAGAUGAAGACUUCAUUGGCAGUGGAGAAAACUAUGAAAUAUCAUCCAACUUCGAAGACUUUCCACACCUAAGCCGACAACUAAAGACGUUAAGAAGUUUUCCGGAGGGAAAAAGGAACUGUUACGUUAUGAAACCAAAACAACAACAGAAGAUGAAUCAAACGUAUCUGAUCAGAGCAAUAUUUUCAUAUGGGAAUUAUGACAACAAAAACACAGUUCCAGUCUUCGAACUCUACGUUGGGGCCAAUUAUUGGACAACAAUUCGGCUGCCUAAUGCAACUUAUUUCCAAUUCAACGAAAUCAUAAUUCAACAGCUUCCUUCUGAUCACUUGGUUCAAGUGUGCCUGGUGAACACUGGACUUGGUACUCCUUUUAUUAACACUCUGGAAUUAAGGCCACUUAACAACUCUCCCUAUUCGGCAGUUCCACUUCCCUUGUUACUAUAUUCCAGGGUCAACUGUGGCUCUCCGCCUUGGAACCCUUUUACCAGGUACAGGGACGAUGUAUUCGACCGCUUAUGGAGAACACGUCAUGCUGACGCUUGGGAUGUUGCAAAAUCAAGUGUAGAAGGAAACACAGAGAGCUCCAAUUAUGACCUGCCAUUAGAAGUAUUAAGCACUGCAUCACAACCCCUAAACAAUUCCAAUGUAUUGACUGCGAAUUGGAGUGGCGAUAUAUCUUAUCCAUAUUAUUGGUUCCUUCACUUCGCUGAAAUCCAGAAGCUUCCUUCUGGCCACAAGAGGAUUAUCAAUGUCACCUUUGAUGAUGACGACGACAAUUCACCGUCUCAUGUACUUACUCUUCAAUACUUGAAGCCUAUCACCUUAAGUUCCAACAAGAUGAGUAAAGGUUACGUUAGUUUCACAGCAAUGGCAACAGCUGAUUCAGAUGCUCCUCCAAUCUUAAAUGCCUACGAAAUUUAUGAAGCCAUCUCACAACCUGAUUCUCCUACGGCAACACAAGAUGUUGAUGCCAUGUUGGAAAUAAAGCAUACUUAUGGGAUCUCUAGAAUUAGUUGGCAAGGGGACCCAUGCGUUCCAUCUAAAUUAGCAUGGGAUGGCCUGAUUUGCAGCUCCGACAAUAAUAUAAGGAUCCUUUCAUUGGAUUUGUCAAAUAAUGAAUUGAUUGGACAACUACCAGAGUUUCUCUCAACUCUUCCGAAUUUGAAGUUCAUUAAUUUAGCAGGAAACAAGCUCACUGGUUCGAUUCCCAAGGCUUUGAAGGAAAAUGCUGGAUUGCAGCUAAGUGUGGCCAACAAUCCAGGUCUUUGCCAAAAGAGUUCCUGCAAAAAACACAAUUUUGUAAUUCCACUUAUUGCAUCAGUUGCGGCUUUGGUCAUCCUAACUGUUAUUGUUGCUCUGGUGAUCUGGAGAUUUAGACAUAAAAGAGUCAUCCUAAGUGAAUUUCAAAAAAGGGAAGCUGCAAAAGAUAACAAUCAAUCAUUUUCUUACACGGAGGUACUCCGUAUCACAAACAAUUUAGAAACUGCUAUUGGAGAAGGAGGGUUUGGAAAAAUUUACCUUGGUACUUUAGAAGAUGACACAAAGGUUGCUGUUAAGCUACUUUCUCCAUCUUCAAGGCAAGGCUAUAAGGAAUUUCAAUCAGAGGCUCAACUCUUAACAGUCAUUCAUCAUAGAAACUUGGUUUCACUAGUUGGGUUUUGUGAUGAAAACGACAUCAAAGCAUUGAUUUAUGAAUAUAUGGAUCUUGGAGACCUCAGCGGACUAUUGUCAGAGAAAAACCCAAAAGUUUUAAAGUGGAAUGAGAGACUUCAAGUUAGUAUAGAUGCAGCAAGAGGACUGGAAUAUCUUCAUCAUGGUUGUAAGACUCCCAUAAUUCAUAGAGACUUAAAACCAUCCAAUAUUCUGUUAAAUCAGUCCAUGGUAGCCAAGCUUGCUGAUUUUGGAUUAUCGAGAGCAUUUAAAAAUGAAAGAGAUACUCAUCUAUCAACUCAACCAGCUGGUACGCCUGGUUUUAUUGAUCCUGAAUUUCAAAAGUCUGGAAACCUAAACAAAGAAAGUGACAUCUAUAGUUUCGGGAUGAUUCUUCUUCAACUUAUCACAAGCCAUCCACCGGUGAGAAGAGAACUUGAGGAUAUAUGUUUCGUCAUUGAUUGGAUUCGUCCAAAAAUUGAGUGUGGGGAUAUCCAAGGCAUUGUUGACCUAAGGUUGGCAGGUGAAUUCAAUGUUUGUUCCGCAUGGAAGGCUGUGGAGACAGCAAUGUCAUGCAUUGCACCACAGCGCACCCAAAGGCCAGACAUUAGUUAUGUGUUGCAUGAACUAAGGGAAUGUUUAGCUAUGGAGAUUGGUCUUUCGAAUUCAAAUGGUAUACCAAGCCAUCCAAUCAAUCAUUCUGGGAAUCUUGAUUCAAUCACCCUCCUCUCAGCUAGGUAGUAUCUUUGCAUUAGUUUAUACUAAAAUGGAUGUUGUUGUGUGUAAUAUAAAGUGGUUUCUCAUUGGACUUGUUCUACAGAAGUUAUGUUUUGUUGGAUUAUGAAACUUUCUGACUUGAUCAUGGUUGUGACAUCUGUCUCUGUUAAUUUGCUACUGAAGUUUCAGUUGAUUAGUGGGUU